GAGUCUGCAGUGCCUGAUCGCGCUAACCCAAAGGAUCCAAGGGGCAAUUUGAACUCUCUGUUCUUCAAAGAGGACAAAAGGACCAAACUGAGAGGGCAACCUCAAAAACCUGCAGUGGACAAGUGAGCAAGGGUCAAAUUCUUUGAGAGUCAUUCAGGCAUAGAAAAACAUUCACCUUCAGCAGAGCAGCAGCUGGAGAGCAGGCAAAGAGGAGAAGGGCUGGACAGCAGAAAGCAGCAGAGAAAAGUGACUGGAAUGAUAAGAUGAGGAGCAGACAUGUGCUCCUGAAGCUUUCCCCUGAUGAGGCCCUUCUGGGACUACUGCUUGUGUUGUUGCUGGGGCUGCACGUCCUCGCCGUGUGUCCCUCCAUGUGCUCCUGCAGCCGCAGCCACAGGGAGGUGGACUGCUCCUGGAGAGGUCUGAGACAGUUGCCCGAUGGCUUUCAGCACAACAUGCGCUCCCUUAACUUGUCCCACAAUCGGUUUCACAACCUGGACAACCAGCUGACCACGUACACCCAUCUCCGCUUCCUUGAUUUGUCUCAUAACCGGCUGAGCCACCUGCCCACCGGCUUGCCUCGCUCCCUCUGGCAUCUCCUCGCUGCCUCCAACCGCCUCCAGCUGCUGGACAAGAACGACACGGUCUACCAGUGGAACCUGCGCCUGCUUGACCUCUCCAACAACAAGCUGGAGCGGGUGAUUUUCAUCAACAAUACGCUGAUUAAUUUGUGCACCCUCAACCUGAGCCACAAUCACUUCUGGACUCUGCCCACCAACAUGCCGAUGCACCUGGAGGCUGUCGACCUGUCCCACAACUUGCUGGUGAAGGUGCUGCCAGGCUCUCUGGACCGGCUGCCCAGAUUAACCUACCUGUACCUGCACGCCAACCGCUUCUCCACUCUGCCCGCUGGGGUGUUGGACAGGAUGACGUCACUCAGAGUCAUCACUCUGGGCGACAACCCCUGGGCCUGUCACCUCUACACCGACAUCACCUACCUCCUGUCCUGGUCCCAGCACACCCCCACCCGUGUGCUGGGCUGCCCCUGCCACACCCAGUCAGUCUGUGGAGGGGUGCGCCCUGGCAGGACAGGAGGGUGGCACUUUGCUUCCUACAACCUGCCCCCCCUGGCUGCGAGUGCCCAGGACCUGAGCUCCAUACCUCCUGGUGCCAGUGUCACAGGGUGGUGGUACACUGGGUCUGCUUUAAGAACCCCACACACACAGCACCACCCCUUCACAGCCACGCCCGCCAGCAUCUCCACCGUGGCCCCCAGAAGCACAGACGCACACCUACCUGUAAAUCACCUUUCUGAAACAGGGGGCCCAGCUGCCACCCAUCACAUGACCCAACACACGGACUCUGGCUCUGAGGAAGACUCACCCAGUGACUCCCCGCACACCACAGACACGUCCUCUGUUUCUGACAUCACUGAAAGUCCCGUCAGUGCUGACAUGACGCUGGCCACAGACCGAUUCUUUACAACAGAGAACCCCUCUGCCCAGACCAAGAAAACCACCACACUACGCACCAGGAGUGUGAGGAGGCAGAAUCAGUCCCACCCCAGGAGCAUCAGCAACAGCAGCCCAGCUCCUGCCACCUGCUCCUCGCUGCCCCUCCUUCACAACCUGGGGCUUCUGUCUCUCAUUCUGCAACACGUCCUCUGAGGGAGGGACGGAAAACACUGACAGCUCAGUCUCUCUUUCCAGCAAUAACACUGGUGACUGUUUUACUACUGUUUGUACGUUAACAUCACAGAUCACAGGCUUCAGGAUGAGAAUAACUCCUGCUAUAUUCAGUGUGGUUCUCUUUCUCUUUUCUAAUGAUGCUUUUUCAGGCCUCCCAUCCUGUGUCACUGAUUUCAAAAAUAACACUGUAAUGAAUAUAGCUAAGCACAUGAUGGCACUAUACAUUCAGGCAACCAGUUUAUUAUGUACCUGAGUGUAGCCUGGUGCUUUCUGGUACAUGUUAUAUCUCAUGAAUCACUGUGUCCAUUUUUGUAAAACGGUUGGAUUUCACAGACGUUUUCUUGGUCAUAUAUCAUUUUUUUACACACUCAAAGUUCUAUUUUCCUCCUCACGAAGCUUCUGCUUGUCUUUGUCUUUGAGGCCUGCUUGUUCUAUGUAACAAAUCACUGACCCGAGGAGAUAUCUUGUCCUCACGGGACAUUAUGGUGUAAGAAACUCGUCAUGACAUGAACAGAACAGGAAACAACACAGACUCUGUGGAGUGCAGGACAAACAAACGGAUGAUGCCGUGUUUUCUAUCUUUAACAAACUCCCAGUGCCGAGUAGCUGCUUCUGUAUUUUGAUCACAUCUCAGACUUAAGUGUCCUUCAUGAUUCAGUGACGCCCGUGAAAAUUAUCUGCAUGGUGAUUGAACGUUCCAGGAAUGCUAACCUACUGCUGUAUUUGUUGCAGAGCAUUAAAGCACAGACAUUUUCA